AUGGAGGUGCUCAGGGCGUCCCUCCGGCACUUGGCCUUGCAGAUGUCGACCUACAAGCGAGCGACGCUGGACGAGGAGGGGCUGGUGGACACCCUCGAGGAGGACGAGGAGGCGGCGGGGGCGGGGGGCUACCCCAACGGGAUCCAGGUAAAUUUCCAUGGUGCGGGUGGCAGGAAGAGCUGCUGGGUGGAGCGGACUCGCCUGGAGAGGUGCCUGCUGGCCCUGGCGGGGGCUCUGGCACUAAGCCUCCUGCUCUGCAUCUCCAUCCUGCUGUUCCAGUACCAAAGCCGGCCGUGUCUGACUGAGUCCUGCAUCUCGGUGACCAGCGCCAUCCUGAGCUCUCUUGACCAGACGGUGGACCCUUGUGAGGACUUCUUCCGCUACGCUUGUGGCGGCUGGAUCAAGAGCAACCCACUGCCUGAUGGCCACUCCCGCUGGGGCACCUUCAAUAAGCUCUGGGAGCACAACCAAGCGGUCAUGAAGCAUCUUCUGGAGAACACCACGGGCAGCAUGCUGGACGGGGCAGAACACAAAGCGCAGCAUUACUACCAGUCCUGCAUGAAUGAGACCAAGAUCGAGGAGCUGAAGGCGGAACCCCUGAUGGACCUGAUCCGGAAGCUGGGAGGCUGGAACGUCACUGGCCCCUGGGAGGAGGACAGCUUCAACCAGACCCUGCUGUCGCUGGCCGCCCACCACCACAUCUCCCCCUUCUUCUCCCUCUACGUCAGCGCCGACUCCAAGAACUCCAGCAGCAACAUCAUUCAGGUUGACCAGUCGGGCCUGGGUUUGCCUUCCAGGGAUUACUAUCUGAAUAAAACCCAGAAUGAGAAGGUGCUGGCUGGCUACCUGAACUUCAUGGUGCAGCUGGGCAUGCUGCUGGGGGGUCAGGAUGAGGCCGCUGUUCAGCAGCAGAUGCAGCAGAUCCUGGAUUUUGAGACCACCUUGGCCAACAUCACCACCCCCCAGGAGAAGCGUCGGGACGAGGAGGCCAUCUACCACAAAAUGACUGCUGGAGACCUGAAGAGUCUGGCUCCCGCUGUCGACUGGCUGCCCCUCCUCAAUGGCGUCUUCUACCCGGUGGAGAUCAACGAGUCGGAGCCGGUGGUGGUCUACGCCAAAGAAUACCUCGAGCAAGUCUCCCACCUCAUCCUCACCACGGAUAAGUGCCUCCUGCACAACUAUAUGAUUUGGAACCUGGCGAGGAAGACGGGCAGCUUCCUGGACCGGCGCUUCCAAGACGCGGAGGAGAAGCUCAUGGAGACUGUGUAUGGGACCAAGAAGGUGUGCCUGCCGCGCUGGAAGUUCUGCAUCAGCGACACGGACAACAACCUGGGCUUCGCGCUGGGAGCCAUGUUUGUGAAGGCCACCUUUGCCGAGGACAGCAAGGCUGUAGCACAGGAAAUGAUUACAGAGAUCAAGGCGGCCUUUGAGGAGAGCCUGUUGAGCCUGCAGUGGAUGGACGAAGAGACCAGGAGAGCAGCCAAGGAGAAGGCGGACGCCAUCUACGACAUGAUUGGCUACCCCAAGUUCAUCCUGGACCCCAAAGAGCUGGACAAAGUCUUUGCAGAUUACAACGCUGUGCCUGACCUCUACUUUGAGAAUGUCAUGCAGUUCUUCAACUUCUCCGCUCGCGUGGCAGCUGACCAGCUCCGGAAGCCCCCGAAUCGUGACCAGUGGAGCAUGACGCCCCCAACCGUCAACGCCUACUACUCCCCUACCAAGAACGAGAUUGUCUUCCCAGCAGGAAUCCUGCAGGCUCCCUUCUACACCCACAGCUCCCCCAAGGCACUCAACUUUGGUGGCAUUGGUGUUGUGGUGGGCCAUGAAUUGACUCAUGCCUUUGACGAUCAAGGCCGUGAGUACGAUAAGGGCGGCAACCUCCGCUCGUGGUGGAAGAACUCCUCGGUGGAGGCUUUCAAGCAGCAGACGGCGUGCAUGGUGGCCCAGUACGGCAACUACUCCAUCAACGAGGAGGCCGUCAACGGCAGGCACACUCUCGGGGAAAACAUCGCCGACAACGGGGGGCUCAAGGCUGCCUAUCGGGCCUAUCAAAACUGGGUGAAAAAGAAUGGGGAGGAGGCGACUCUGCCGGCCCUCGGCCUCACCAGCCCCCAGCUGUUCUUCGUGGGCUUUGCCCAGGUCUGGUGUUCUGUGCGGACCCCCGAGAGCGCCCACGAAGGGCUCGUCACCGAUCCUCACAGCCCCUCCCGCUUCCGAGUCAUCGGCACCGUCUCCAACUCGAGGGCGUUCUCUGAGCACUUCGGCUGCCCUGUGGGCUCCCCCAUGAACCCCCGACGGAAGUGCGAAGUCUGGUGACUUCCGUGUCCAGGGAGGCAGAGCGCCUGGCGGA